AUGGCUGCAUCUUAUUGGAAAAGUUCUCAAUUUGAACAAUGGUUAUUUGAUCGUCAAGAAUUGAUGUCAUUUCGCCUACGUGAUAUAUCAUCAUGGUCUACAAAUAAUAAUGCCUCGUUAACAACAGAAGAUGAUUAUUCAAAAAUUCUUAUAUUUUAUUCAAAUAUAAUUCAACAUAUAGGUGAACAAUACAAAGUUCGUCAACAAGUUAUAGCAACAGCAAUUAUUUAUUUAAAAAGAUUUUAUGCAAGAUAUCCAUUAAAAAGUAUUGAUCCAUGGCUUCUUUGCCCAACUUGUUUAUUUCUUGCUGCUAAAGUUGAAGAAUUUUCGACACUAAAUCAUCAACGAGUUUGUAAUGCAGCUGCAACAACUUAUAAAAAAUAUGCACAUUUAUUAAGCGGUCCUGGAGAAUAUCCAUAUCAAAUAAAACAUAUUCUUGAAUGUGAAUUUUAUUUACUUGAAAUAAUGGAUUGUUGUUUAAUAAUCUAUCAUCCAUAUCGUUCAUUAGAUAUGUAUACAAGAGAAUUUCAAAUUGAUCAACCAUUAUUUGAAACAGCAUGGCGUAUUAUAAAUGAUUCAUUAAAAACAGAUGCUCCACUUUUAUAUCCACCAUAUGAAAUAGCACUUGCUUGUCUUUUACUUGCUGCAACAUAUCGUGAUAAAAUGGCAAUACUUAAACAAUAUAUGAUUGAUGCACAAAUUGAUGUUGAAAGAAUUUAUGAAGUUGUUAAACUUUUACUUAAAUAUUAUGAAUUAAUGACAACAUAUGAUGCUGAUCCACCAAAUGAUGGAAAACAAAUCAAAGAUCUUUUAUCGAAAAUUCCAAAACCUAAAAUAAUUCCUAAUGAAUCAUCGCGUCCAUCAUCACAACCAAAUGAACAACAAAUUCAAGGAACAAUUGGACAACAAAAUAAUAAUAACAAUAAUAACAACAACAACACCAAUAAUAAUAAUAAUAACAAUAAUAAUUAA